ACGUCUCAGGAAGCUGAAGAACAGCAACGUCAGCGCGAACUGUUAGCUCAACGCGAAAAAGAACAGCAAGAGUUGCUGAAACAACAGGAAGAAGCUGCCAGAUUAGCUGAGGAGAAAAGACGUCAGGAAGAGGCGGAAAGAAGAAAACUUGAGGAACUGAGAAAGAUUCGCGAGGAACAGCUUAGGAAGCAACAAGAAGCGCAGCAAGCUCAACAUGAUAUGAGAGAUCGAGUCGAGCAAGUCCAAGCCGGCCAAGCAUUAACUCUCGUGGCCACACAUUUCAAUACCUCAUAUAUAAAGCUCGUGCCGUUCCCGAGUGAAAAUAUGAUCAGCUCAAAGUUGCCAUCUGUGUGUGAUGCAGGAACCAUGAAAUCAUUGUUAGACACGUCGGAUCCUACAUUGGUGCAGAUGGUGUCGCAAGCUUUGUCCAAUAUAGACGUUAGCGAAACGUAA